AUGGCUCCAUCUAGUGCUCAGCCUUCGGGUCUACAUCGUGCCCCAAUAGCCUGUGUCAAGCGUCGGGCCGCUAAAGUACGAUGCAUACAGUCUCGGGAUACCGAGCGCUGUGACCGGUGCAUUGAUCAAGGCAUCGAGUGUGCUUUUCAAACUCCUACGCGCACCAAGCAUCGCUCUCGGCCCGCUCGAUCGACUUUCUCCUCUGCCGCUGGGGUGCGACGACAGCAUCAGCAUCAGGGCCGCCAGACUGCCCAUGACAACCGACUCGAAGGGUUUGCGUCAGCACCUAUCAGCGACGAGGUUCGCGCACGAAUCGUCGCUGCCUUGACGGCGCUCAAGGGCCAGAGAGGCUCUCCUUUCAACUUCGUGACCUCGGGCGAUACACCGUCGCUAACUGGCGAUGAGCGCCAGCAAGGCCAGCCACAAACUGUCAGCGCUACCACUCAAGUCGGAGAGGCGUCCCUAAAGCUGUCUUCUAUCCUAAGGCCUCUGGAGACCUCGAUUCCCCGACAAGAUCCGUCUUCUGAUCAAGCUGUCUGUAUGCCUAGCUACGUCUCGUCAAUGACUCUAGGCCAUACAAUCUUAGACCCCAUUGCCGGAGGGAUUCUCACUCUGGCUAUCUCGAAAGCUUUAUACGCAUUCUUCCUCCUCGACAUGAAUGCCAAAUGGGAGUAUAUCCUGGAUCCGUCAACAGACAGCCAUGACAGUGUACGUAAACGGAGUUCACUGCUCUUCACCACAAUCUUGUUCUGCGCCAGCAAGUUUGCUCAGGUCCGCCAUAAUCAUGUAGUAAACACUCCCGACGUCUUCCUCCAGAGUCGCCUCUGUAGCUUGAGCCGGAAUCUCGCUAUUCGUGCCAUGGCGGAAGGAAGUCGUGCAAUUGAAACGAUGCAAGCGUUCUACCUGCUUGCAUGUUGGAAAGAGCCAGAAGACGACAUUUCCUACCUUCAUUGCGGCUACGCCUUCCGUGUUCUUCAAGACCUCGACCUCCAGGGGAAAGGCACUGACGAAAGCUAUCUCGCCCGUCGCCGACGUACCUGGCUUGGUCUCUACCGUCAAGACAAACAACAGAAUCUCUUCUUCGUGCGCCGUGCUUCCCUGACAAGCGGCGAUGAGGACGGCGUGAGCUUUGUCGGUGACUGGCACUCGUGGAGUAGGAUGCCUCAUGCCAUUCCAUUGGACUUCAUGUCCUGUUGCAAUGCAGAACUGCGUCGUCUACAGGCUCGGUUGUUAGUCCUUGUCCGCAAGGCUUCACCACAAAUGCUCUCUUGCUUGGGCGAUCUGCUCGAGAGUGAACUAGCACGAUGGAAACUCGAGUGUAUCGCCUUCCUCGAACAGAGUCCUGGUGAACUGCCAUCUCCAUCAAGCCGUGAUGGCAACGUGGAGCUGGAGCCAGGCCUGAUGGAUCCAGGUACGAAACACUUCGACCUGCUCCGCAGCUUGUGGGAGAGUAGCGUGCGAUUGAACAUUGCCUCUGCCAUACUCCGACAAGCAUUGGGUGCGGCCGUUGCAAAAUCCUCAACUGGAUCGCACAGUGGCUUGACAAAAGAAACGACCUCGGCAUCGACUCUGGCUACCAGUUUGAGCCUUGAUACAACCUCGAUGUCUGAACUCUUGUCCACCGACUUCAUCGGACUAAGAGGCAGCAUUGAAGGGGCUCUCGGCACUUUAAGGCAGCUAUUAUGCUUUCCCACUGACGACCUUCGCAGAGCCCCUGACUCCGUGGUCUUGCUCGGACCCCAUGCUGCGUUGUUCCUGUGCCUUUUGUUAUGUCUUCCGUGCAAAGGCCUCUUGGGACAAUCUUUCCAGCAAACAGCCAUAAAGCUUGUUUUCGAUAUUGCACGCCACUUUGAGCAGGCCGUGCAAUCUCCCCAAGAUACUAUGGCUCUCCACUUGGCCUAUCUUGAAUCUCUCACUUCGAUCUUGACUCCUGCCUCGUCUGGAGCUGUCAGCCUCAGAGCGAGGCAGAACAUCAUUGAAGAAGAAACGACGGGGCCGCUUACUGCGUCCGGUGGUGCUGGUCCAGUCAAUGAAGAACCCAUGCCGAUGCCAGACCAAUUCGCCGCGGAAUCUGCGGCUCGGGUCUUAGCAAGUGGGUUCGGCUCCAUCGACGACGGCGUUGGUGUUGGCAUGGAAGGUAACAAUCAUGGCAUGGGUGACGACUUCUCCGACUUUGGCCAACAGCUGAACAUACAAAGUCUGGCUAAUCUGCUGGACCCAGGGUACUUCACCGGUUUUAAUACCACGGGAACAGACACUGCAUUGGACACCUGGCUCUAG